AUGGCCUCCCCAAUGUCGGCACUCCUUUUCUUAGCUUUGGUAUCGGGUCUCCUGGUGUAUCGCUGGGCGAACCACCGGAGACGAUCCGGCGGUCUUCCCUACCCUCCAGGACCCAAGGGUGAUCCGAUAAUUGGGAACCUUCGCCAGCUUCCAGAUGGCAAGAAGCAGCCCCUACACAUUACCUACAAGGAGUGGUCAAAGAAAUAUGGCGAUGUCUUCUCCAUUGAAUCCUUCGGGAACCGCGUUGUGGUCCUCAACUCCGCUCAUGCUACUAACGAACUCCUCGAGAAACGCGGCAACAUCUAUUCUGACCGCAACCCCGGUGUCAUCCGGAGACUAUCAACAAACCAUCACUUCCCCGGCAUGGAUUACGACGAGGAGUUCCGCACGUACCGCAAGGUCGUGAACGCGGCCUUCAACCCGUCCGCCGUCAAGGACUACGGCAUAAUCCAGGAGGAAGAGACAUACGAGACGCUCGAGCACCUCCUCGACUCGCCCGAGAAGUGGUUCCUGCACAUGCGCCGCUCAGCGGGCUCCGUCAUCCUGCGUGUCACGUACGACCACAAAGUUCGCGCGCUCGAUGACCACCUCGUCGAGAUUAACGAGGCUGCGAUUCCGAACAACUUGCGCGCGGUCACCCCCACUGCGUUCGUGGUGAACUUCGUUCCUUGGUUGCAAUACAUGCCCGACUGGUUCCCUGGAACUGCAUACAGGCCCUUCGUCAAGGAAGUGCUGGAUGGGCACAUGCGAAUCCGGGAUACACCUUGGGUAGAGCUUAAGGAGCGCAUGGCCAAGGGUGCCAUCAAGCCUUGUUACGCCAGCAGACUCUUGGAGAUGAAGGGCCAGAUAACGGGCUCCGAUGACGAGGAGUAUGUCAUCAAGGCUUCUGCCGGUGUCAUGUAUGGUGCAGCAGUGGACACCACCCUCGGCACAAUGGCCAGCUUCAUACUCGCCAUGCUCCUCUACCCCGAAUGCCAAAAGAAGCUGCAGGCCGAGCUCGACUCCGUCGUCGGCACCAACCGUCUCCCGACGUUCGCUGACGAGGACCACCUGCCGUACCUCCGCUACUGUGUCCUUGAGACCCUCCGAUGGAACCCCGUGGCACCCCUUGGUCUGUCGCAUGCCGCCUCGCAGGACGAUGUUUACGAGGGCAUGUUCAUUCCCAAAGGAUCGAUCAUGGUCGCGAACCAAUGGGCUAUCCUACACGACGAGAACAUGUAUCCCGACCCCAUGAAGUUCUGGCCCGAGCGCUGGGACGGCCGCUUCCCCCAGGCGCGCGACGCUCGGCUCUACGCCUUCGGCUUCAACCGCCGCAUGUGCCCCGGCCGCCACCUCGCGUAUCGCUCCGUGCUCAUCAUGGCCGCGAACAUCGUCUCCUCGUUCACGCUCGUGCCGGACGAGAAGUCGCCGCUGCCCGCCAACGUCAGCCUCGGGACUGGCCAGACAUUCAAAUGCAACUUCGUCGUGCGCUCGCCGGAGCGUGCGGCGCUGAUUCGGUCGACGGCGGCGAGUCUUGACGCUUCGGAUUAG